GAUGAUCUCUUCCCUGGCUCUGGAUUGGACGACUACCGUGAUUGGAAGAGCACGGAUAAUACCCACUAUACAGUAAGCGCAGUUCCAGAGGUAUGGCUGCACCAAGUGAUGUUUCUUUGGGAGCUCUUCGCGACUUCAAAGUAGUUUAGUUAAAGGAUUGACAAAGAGUCGUCUUGAAAACGUAAAAAUGCAGCGAGCUCGACGCCUUGCCCCGAAGUUUCGCCCUGCUCCUCUGAAGCCUCGCGCCAAGCUCCAGGAAGCGGACAGCUUCUGCGUUUCAUGCGGCUGCCGCAACGUUAUCGUCUUUCGACAGAACAAAAACAGUCUGAGGCUCAUCAAGUGCCACAACUGUGGAGUCAUCUCACCAGACUUCAGUCAAUCCAAACCGCGAUCAGGAGUUCGCGAGGAUUUCACGCCACUGGACAAGGCACGAGCUCACGAAAUGGCCGACCAGAUUCUAGAUGCAUUCACGCACCAACGCACGAAACAAAAUUUGCAACGAGCACUUGCAUCUGCUCGAGGAGAUCUGGGGCUUAUUUGUCAUAAAUACCUUCCCGUCGCGAUUGAGAUCUUCGCUCACGUGGUUUCCCUCUUCGGUUUCUCCGAGAGUAUCGAAGGAGUACAGGAGAGUGUCCGAGUCAUGCAAACGCACGCUAGAGAUGACGAGCAACUCGUGCAAAAGCUCAUCAGCAUCCGGAGACUUCUCACACCUACUGGAAAUUGGAUCCAAGAAGACAAAGAUGCUGAAAAGGAUGACGAGCAUCGCAGAGAACUGGGAACCCAAGCGCUUCUGCUGAAGAAAGAAGAAGAACGUCGUAAAGAAGUGCUCUCACAGGAGAACGCAAAGAAGGCUCGGCUACGAGCGAAGAAAAUCGCUUUGGGUCUUGACCCGUCCGUCCAACGUCCUCCUGUUCUGUUGGACGUUCCCCCGCCAGUUGUAGCAGCUAUCGAGAACGCGUCUCUGGAACUGCGAGUCAAUGCCAAAUUCGUCCAAAAAUUCACGUGGUUUUUCAAUGGCCAUCCGAUCGAAACGGAGGAAUUCGUCUCCGGUAUCAAUCGAUGUACACUUUUAGUCUCAAAACUAACUAAGCGGGUGACUGGCGAGUACUAUUGCACGUGCGAGAAUGAAGAUGGGACGGUUACCUCUUCAACCAGUCGGGUAUCACUCGCAAUCUUGACACUCACUCGACUCGGAACGAAAGCUCUUGGAACGCUGGCGACUUCUUCCAUGUACGUGUGCGAUAAGAGUAUGAUGCUGACAUGUGUGAGUGGCAAAAUCAAUCUGUACGAUGCGAAAUCUCUCGCUCCGGUUAAGGCAUUCCCAGCGCUUCCGACAGCUAUGAGAGCUCUGGUAUGGGAUCCAAUAACAAAAAUGGCGGCAGCAUUUUCAACUUCUACCCAACAGGAGAACCCGAAUGAAGCUCCCCAAGUGUACUUUUACUCAGUAGAGCGCUCCGAUGGAGAGAAUACCAACGGAAUUGCCCUGACAACUACAAACCGUCGACGCAACCCCAGUAACAUUGGCAUACCCAAGUCGAAGGUGCCAUCCAUUGGCAAUUCGCUCAAGUUUCAACUGGUGAACGUCCAAUCCGUCGACGCAGUGACCCAAGUCCAUGCAGCAGAAUUCGUCAACAACGGGAAGAUGCUUGUCGUGACAGACAUGAUGCAUCAAGUCGCGCUGUACGAUCUCUCCCCUUCGUUCCACUGCAAAAAGAAUUUUCGUUUCGGUAGUGAUGUGGUUUGUCACGUCGCGGUUAGUCCAAAAGCUCCGAUGCUAUUCGCGCUGGCAUUCCGUAAUAAACCGUCGAUCAAAGUCUACUACAUCACAACCGACAAGAAGACUACACGCACAGAGAUAUUAGAACAUCAUAUCGACUUCAAGUUCCCUGUACACCGAACAUCGUUUGAUUUGUCAGGCGUUUCCCUGGCUGUGGCGGAAACUGGGUUCAUGAAGUCGUGGGUCUCCAUCGUCAAUGUGGAUAGGAAGACACCUUCCAACAAGCGCUUCGUUGCACACGCAGGCAAAAUCUCUGGGUUGCAGUGGACAAGGAGUUCUUCUUUGCUGAUUUCCAGCAGCCAUGACGGGUACGUCAAGGUGUGGGAUCCUGUAGCGAUGUCCAAUCUCUUGAGUGUUCACGUCGAGACGUACGGGGUUCAUUCGAUGCUGUUGAUUGAGGAGCUCGCAGUUUUGAUCACUUUGGGAUACAACGACUGUCGUCUUCAAAGUCAAUCAAUUCUUCAAUUAACCGAACUGGAGGCAUCUCGACUAGUUGAAUUGAACAAGCAAGCAGCAAACAUCCAGAAGAGCUGGAAAGGCAGGAAGACGCGUCAGCUAAUAGCCACGUACAUCAGAGGCUCAAAGGCUUAACUCCAUCUUCAGAUAACCUCGCAAAAAUAGACCCGGUGUCUAUAUGAUUCUCAGCGUACCAGUUAGUUUUGGAAAACUUUUU